AGAGGGGCCCGCAGCAAGAUGGAGAUUUGGGGUGAUUUGUACUGCGGAGAAGGAGGGGCUGUAACAGAGCUGAGAGGGGCAGGAGAGUGUCCGUCCCCGGCGCGCCGCGGGGCAGGACUCCCUUCUCCCUUGUGCACGGUGGAUGGCUGCAGAGAUGGGGGUAGGCAGACAGGCUUGUCAGUUUGGUGCCUGGCUGUUGAGCGGUGUCUGCAUUGUGAUGGGAGGCUCUGUUAACAACUAUGAGGGAGGGGGGCAGCUAAAGAAGAGGUUUCCUAAAAGGAAAGCCAGGAUGGCUUCAGGACCCAGAGGUAACAGAAUCUGUGCUUGGUGGUGGGCUUUCCCUAGUGGACGUCAUGGUGAGGCACCGGACAGAAAAGGUGGACAGUGAAAUGCAUGCAGCCAGGAAGAGUCUUCCAACAGGUUUGAUGGAAGGCAAAUUGAGGAUAUCGACAAUGGGGGGUGGGGUGGUGGUGGUGAUGGUAAGAGUGAAGAUGGGAAGGGCCUGUUGGAGAGGGACAGAAUGGAGAGACUGGGGAAUUGGAGGUGUUCAUUCACAAAACAGUUUUUUUUCCCCCCGUUUCAUACGUGUAGUUUUAUUUAGUUGAUGUACAAUAUUAUAUAUGUGUACAAUAUAGUGAUUCACAAUUUUUAAAGGUUAUACUCCAUUUAUAGUUAUUAUAAAAUAUUGGCUGUAUUCCCUGCGUUGUACAGUAUAUCCUUAUAGCCAAAACAGUGAUUUUGAGCACAUAUGCUGUGGCAGGUAGAGUUCCAGGCACUGAACAUAAAGCAGUGAGCAGAAAAGAUAUUGUCCCUUUUCUCAUGGAGUUUACAUUUGGAUGCCAGCAGAGAGGGAAGGGAGACAGACAGGAAAUAUAUGGUAGGUGGUGAUCAUUGCUAGCAAGAAAAAUAAAGCAGAGUGAGGGGAUCCAGAGUGAUGAGUGGGUGCUCUUGUAUACAGGGGUCAGGAAAGGCCUCUGAUCAAGUCACGUUUGAACAGACACCUUGGAAGGAAGUAAGGACAAUACAGAUAUUUGGGGGAAGAGCGUUCUGGGCAGAGGGAGGCCCUGAGGUGGGACUGUGCUUGCUGGGCUUGAGGAGAAGCAAGGAGGUGGGGUUGGUGUGCUUGGGUGGCGUGGCCCAUGUGAGGAGAGUGCUAAAGGUUGAGGCCAGGUUGCUUGGGGCCUUGCGUUUUGUCCUGAGGAUUUAGGAUUUUAUGCUGAGCUGUGGAGCCAUUGGGAGGUUUUAAGUGGAGGUGUGACACUGCCUCCUAAACAUUUAAAAAAAAAAACGAAGAGCAAGUGUGCUGCCUUCCCUAAAUAUUGGCGUUCCCACGGUGUGCUGGGCAUGGUGGAGGAGUCACUGUCCUCGGCAGUGGACAGGAGCAGACUCUGGGUCGGAUUUCCUGGGGUCAGGCUGUUGCUGAAUAACUGAGUGCUUUUCCUCCCCUGUCAGUUGGGGUUAGUGAGACGGUUAAAUGACAGGGGAAGCAGGUGGUGCAGUCUUCUGGCACCCAGCCAAGCCUCAGAAGGCGUAAACUGCCAUCGUUGUUUAUCACUCUAGGUGCCCUGAUGGGAGAUACAGGGGGCAGGGGGAGUGUUAUGAAAGCAGCACUCGUUGUGGGGCUGCGGGAUCUGGGGUGAUGGGAACGCCCAAGGGAGAGCCAGACAGAGGGGACGCUUGUUGCGGGGCCGGGGGUGCGGUGGGCAGCACCGCAGGUGAUUUCCGCUGUGGAGCCAUAGUGGGUGAUGACAAGGCCCAGAGCAAGGGACCUUGACAAGGCCAGACUGAGGACAAGGCCACAGGAGAGGGGAGGUGGAGGCGCUGGGUGGGCUGGGAGAGGGCCGGGCCUGCGCACUGGGGGCCCCAGCCUCUGAGCCUCAUUAAUGAUGGAGGUUGGCAGACACAGUGUUGAGGAGGGUAGAGGGCAACCGGCCUCUGGAGUGGGGGCCUUACCCGAGGGAGGUGGAGUGGCCCAGAGCAGGGAGGAGCAGCUCCCCGCCAGCUCUCCCUGGCGAACUGUCCUCUGAUUCUCCAAAGACCCCUCGUCCCAGCUUCCCCCUGAAGGGACGGAGGGGCAGGCUCCAAGCAGCUGCUCUCUGGGCCAGGCCAACUAGGGCUGGAGUUGGUUUCUGGGCUCAUUCUCACUGGAAGCCAUGGCAGCUUCUGGAGGUGGCAAGGUGGGGCUCCGUCGGUUCCACUGCCUGGAGGGAGCCCUCAUUCCAGGGGUGAACUGGCCUUGAUCCAUAGCCUCAACGGUGCAGGAGAACUCCCCCGCCCAGCAGGCAGGCCUGGAGCCCUACUUCGACUUCAUCAUCACCAUCGGGCACUCAAGGCUGAACAAGGAGAAUGACACGCUCAAGGCCCUACUGAAGGCCAAUGUGGAGAAGCCGGUGAAGCUGGAGGUGUUCAGCAUGAAGACCAAUAAGGUUCGCGAGGUGGAGGUGGUGCCCAGCAACAUGUGGGGCGGCCAGGGCCUGCUGGGCGCCAGCGUGCGCUUCUGCAGCUUCCGAAGGGCCAGCGAGCAUGUGUGGCACGUGCUGGAUGUGGAACCCUGUUCCCCUGCCUCCCUCGCUGGCUUGCGCCCCUACACCGACUACGUGGUUGGCUCAGACCAGAUCCUCCAGGAGUCCGAGGACUUCUUCUCACUCAUUGAAUCCCAUGAGGGGAAGCCCUUGAAGCUGAUGAUUUAUAACUCCGAGUCCGACUCCUGCCGGGAGGUGACUGUCACUCCCAAUGCAGCCUGGGGAGGAGAGGGCAGCCUGGGCUGUGGUAUCGGCUAUGGGUAUCUGCACCGGAUCCCAACCCAGCCUCCCAGCCACCACAAGAAGCCAUCUGGUGUCCCACCACCUGGUGUCCCGCCACCUGGUAUCCCGCCACUUGGUGUCCUGCCGCCUGGUGUCCCGUCGCCUGGUGUCCCGCCGCCUGGUGCCCCACCACCUGGACCCACCCCGCAGGACUCUCCUGCCCCUUCUGGCCUGGAGACAGGCUCCAGGCAGGGUGACUACGUGGAGGCCCUGCUGCAGGCACCUGGCUCCUCCAAGGAGGAACAGCUCCCUGGGCCCAAGAGUCCUGGCCAUGGCACUCCAGACCUUGGCGACCUUCCCCGUUCCAUGGAGAUUCCUCUUCAGCCUCCGCCUCCACUGCAGCGAGUCAUGGACCCAGGCUUCCUGGACGUGUCCGGCAUCUCCCUCAUGGACAGCAGCAACGCCAGCGCCUGGUCUGGGCUGCCCUCCUCCACAGAGCUGACCUCCACUGCGGUCUCAGCCUCAGGGCCGGAGGACGUCUGCUCCAGCAGGGGUUCUCGUGAGCGUGGUGGUGAGGCCACCUGGUCUGGGUCAGAGUUUGAGGUCUCCUUCCCAGACAGCCCAGGCGCCCAGGCGGACCACCUGCCUCAGCUGACACUUCCCGACAGCCUCACCUCUGCAGCCUCACCAGAAGAUGGGCUGUCUGCUGAGCUGCUCGAAGCCCAGGCUGAGGAGGAGUCAGCAAGCACAGAGAGCCCAGAUUUCGGGGCACAGGCUGAGGGGGCAGCCAGCCAGGCACAGCUCUCCCCACCAGAGUAACACCCCAGGCACUAAGAAAGGCCUCUGAUGGCAUUUCAUGAGGCCCAGAAGUGGGAGGCAGCUCAGGCCACACUGCGUGGCCAAGCCCCCUGCAUUACGCUUCCUAGGCUGCUGCUGACAGGGGGUGGGGGGUGGCGUGGCUUGUGUCCACUCAGACGCUACUGGUCUCCAAGAGGUGACCUCCCAGCAUUCAUUCUGCCUGAUGGUCCUGCCUUUGGGGAAUUGGCCACUUGUUUGAGAAUCUCAAGUACUUUUGGGGUAGUAGGGGCUGGGAGUAGCACCCAGGUUAAAUAAGUUUUCCAGGAGAUAGGGUCGGAGAGCAAAGGAUUCUUUGCCGCUCGGGUAGGGUGUGGAACUUCAGUGGCCGCGGGCCUUGGGGAAGGGCAUCUUUUGGCCACGUACCCACUGCUUGCUCCUGCUCUGUGGGUGCACAGAAGGUAGCAGUCCAGGCACCAUGAGGUGUGAAGAUGGGGUGAGGGACGAAGGGGUUGGUGUGGAGUGUUUGCCUAAUCGCUCUGUAGGGCUUGCAGUGAUUCUUUCCACAGAGCUCAGCCAGCUCUAUCUGUAAUGAAAGGCACCCCAAGCCCUGGGGACCCCUGCCGCUCCAAUUACUGUCUCACUUUGUGCUACACAGCACAGUUGGCUCAUGCUAACCACAUAUUCCAGCCAUGGUUGGAGGAGAGGCAGUGAACUUGCCCACCUCUUCUGAGGGAGGAUGGUUGGAAAUUCUAGGCCCUUCAGCACACUCACCUGUGCUUGGACCACGAUGCUUCUUCUUUGCCACCGUCUACACCCCACAGACCUGGGGACACACAAGUGUCUCCAGUUGUGACUCCUGUCAGCUCCCAAACUUUUACAACCAUCUCUUCUAAAUAUAGAAGUCAUCCAGCCAGCCCCAGUGGUGAGUAAAAGUUACAAAUUUAAUUUCACCAUCCUAAGCAGACUCUUAGAGCCAGUCCUCCCAACUGGAGUUCUUCACACACAGCUCCCACUCCAAGGGGAGAUGAGGGGCCUGGACAAGAUUGGGUAGGGGCCCUUCUGUUCUUUCCUGUAGUAUAGGAGAGGGCUGUUCCCCUCACCUCCAGUGCCUUGGGAGGCUAAGACUAGGUCGAGUCUUUUGCUCUGCCUGGUUCCUGCAGGAAGAGGAGGGCUCCAUCCAGGGAUGGCCCCUCAUCACUUGAAGUCCUCUCCUCUUUGGCUAGAGUCCCUCACCUUCCCUCAGCCCUCGCGGAGUACCGUGAAAGCUGCCUCUAGCCUGGCCUUCUACUCUCGGCCCAGUCGAAAGUCCCACCUUUACCAUUUGAUUUGGAAUGUGUGCACUUACAGGGAAUUCAGAGCUCUCUUAGGCUCAUAGGACGAGGAUUGUAUGCUCUGGGGGGCACAGACCAAGUAUAUGGAGGGAGGGCCCCAAACCAGCAAACACUUCGCUUCUAGCACUGUGACUACAUCUAAAAAGCAAGUCUUUGUCAAGUCUACCAGAGCAGCUGAUAAGCCCACAGAACAGGGAGGCAUUGUGUCCAAAGCCAGUGCUGGAGCCUGGUUCCUGGACUGUCUGGGAGCCCAGUGCAGCAAUCCAGGAAGUAGAAAAGAAUCACCAUGGGCCUGUUCUGAGGCCAGCUUCCCUUCACUGUAGCCUGGCAGUCCGACCCAGAGUCACCCUCACCCAAGGGACCUGGUUCUUCCCUCCCUCACUUUCACACACUCCCCUCCUUAAAUUGGGGGAUAAAAUGGAUAGCAAUGCUAAUUAUUUCCACGGUAAACACAAAACCAGAAGUUUCUUCCUUUCUCUGUAAUCUGCUAUGAAGGAAAAUGACAAGUGAAAAUAAAUGUGUACUUACACUUUGAAA